GCUCAAAUGGAGAUAUGAGCGCCCCCUGUGGAUGAAGAGCAGCAUUACAUCAGCUUGAGAUGCAGCAGCUUUGACGGGGAUCCGCUUGUGAGUCGCGAGGCCUGCAUUAUCAUCGAUUGAUGAGAAUCAGAGGGACUACAGAUGUAGCCGAAGGGGCAUUACGUUGCCCCCGCUGGUCCUCAUACCCCGCAUUGCAUGGCUUCUCCUGCUGGUGACUCACAUUGUGUCUCCAUAGCCCCAGUCUUGCACACCCUCAUGUUGGGGUUGCAGGCAUCUCACAGACUGACCAAUGACUGCCUGGAUUGUUCUGCCUGUCAGCCUGUCUGCCUUCUCCAUCACAGGGAUAUGGAUUGUAUAUGCCAUGGCAGUAAUGAACCACCAUGUCUGUCCUGUUGAGAACUGGUCAUACAACUUGACAUGUACAGAGGAAACGGCUAAGAGGGGCUUCCCAAUGACCUGCUGUACGCUUCAAGACAUCCCCCUCAUCAGUAAAUGUGGUUGCUAUCCACCAGAGAGCUGUCUCUUCAGUUUGAUAGGCAAUGUUGGGGCCUUCAUGGUGGUUAUGGUGUGCAUGCUGCGUUAUGCACAAGUGAUUGAACACAGUCAUUACUGUUGGACCAACACGUGCGCUUUGGUGUCCGGCUGCAUUAACGCCCUGGGUCUGGUCAUGGUGGGCAACUUUCAGGUCGAUCACGCUAAAACGCUUCAUUAUGUGGGCGCUGGUGUUGCGUUCCCUGCCGGCUUGAUCUUUGUGUGUCUGCAGUGCGUUUUGACGUACCGUAUAGCAGAGACAGCGCUGGACUACUGGAUGGCUCAUGUGCGUGUAGCUCUCUCAGCUGGAGCUCUGGUCUCGCUUGUCCUCAGUGGUAUCUUCUUCAUCCACGAGAGCUUUAUGUUGCAGCACGCUGCAGCCAUCUGUGAAUGGGUCUUCACAGUGCUGGUUCUGGUGUACUACGGCACCUUCACCUAUGAGUUUGGCACUGUCAACACUGACACCAUGAUGGCAGUCUUAAUGAAGCGCAAUCAACAUCACCAUCCAGGCUCAGGGGGCAUCAUUGGGGGCAUCAGCAAAGGUGUUGCUAUGGGAUAUGGUUCCCGCAGCCUUAAGUCUCCCGGGGGUAGCAGCACCUCCACACACCUCAACUGUACACCAGAGAGCAUCGCCAUGUUUUAAGGGUUAAUCGAUACAGUAUUCUCUCAGACCUCAAUGUAUAGUCUUUUCACAUUCACAUCACAGAUUUGUGAAGAACUGGUACAAGCAAUACACAAUUUCUUUGCAAGGUCACAGCAAGUUUGCAGACUUGUUGAUUAUAAACUAAAAGUAAUGGCCAGUUGGUCAUAACGUAGGUAUUUUGCAUGAUAUUUUACAUUCAUGUUUAAGACAGCCCUAGUUACCAGGGCAAACAAAUUCUUCAAUGAUUCACGUAGCCUCUGAUAAAAAUUUAUUAAUUUACCGUUGAAACCGCAAAAACUCCUCUCUAAAGGUGUGUUCACACUGACAGCGAUUAAAGGAAUAGAAAGGACUGAAUAGAAAUGUUCACACCAGACAUUUGCAACCUAGUUUAAUAGAAUAAAUGUUACUAUAACUACUUUUUAGCAAACUGACUUUUACGUGCCGAGUUCUACAUUUUGUUGCAGUUUCCUGGUGAAAUUAACACUGGAAGCACACCUGUGUGUUUUUUUAUUACAUUUCACACAGAUAACAGGUAGUAUGUCUGUUUAUUACUUUAUUAACACUUAUUUUUCACACUUUUAUUCACACCCUGUUAUAUAUGUUAUAAUAUAUAAAUGCUUUUACUCUAAUGAAUCAUUUAAAAAAACGAUACAUUUUAACACUUGUAUUACAGACCCACCUACAUUCACACACUUAUUCCAAUGGGAUUAGCUUGCAUGGUAGCUCACCUGUUGGACUCGGAGACUGAGCCUCGAACCCAGUCAAGGAUGCUCUAAGUGAAAGUGAAGCAAAGUGCCAUAGAAGUAACAAGAUAUGACAUGGUUUCUUCAGAAAAUGUGCUUUUCAUGUCAAUCAUUUCAUAUCUUUGCUUUUAAAACACUAUCGUUUAGGUGUUGGUUUAGGGUAACGAUGUCUGUAUUGUUUACCUCUCAUUUAUCUUUUUUAACACUAUUGGUUAGGUUUAGGGAAAAGUUGUUAGUUAUUGAAGUGCGUUUUUACUCAUUAAAACAUAUUCACCUUAAAAACCUCUGCUGAUUACAACAUCAUUUCACUCACUUUUGGCGCCCCCCGCUGGACAUUUCACUGGGAAACUGCAGCCAAAUGUGUUAUAAAGCAUGUCAUUUUGGUUUGCAAACAUUUUGCCAGUGUCAUGUAACUUGGCACUGUAAACAAGCUUCUCUCAUGUGCAACGGACGUCUUGUUUUAGUUGAAAUGUGACUUAAAUUGUGCACUGUUUCUCACCAAAUCCUUUCCAAAAACUGUAAAGUGAGUCCCUAAUAACUGUCAUUGUAUUAAAAAGACGUACCGAAUAUUCAUUUAAAUUUUCCUUUUGGGUUACAUGUAAGAAAGCAAGUCAUUUGGAAAUUAUGACUGACCUUUUAUCACACUGCCAGUGUUUGGUCAUGUCACCUGAAAUCAACAACUUUUUAUGAAAUCGAGCGAUCUACGGUCGCUUUGUGUCAGCAAAUCGCCAUCAGUGUGAAUGCCAAUUAAAUCAUUUACAGAUCUGCCAGCAAUACCAGGACACUUGCCAAGACAAAGAAGAUAAAUGGCUAAACUUAUCCACCUUCUUCCACUCAUCUAAUCUGUAGGAACUGUGAUUACUUCACAGGUUAAGUUGGUAUAAGCCCUUACUGUAGCAAUGGAGAUGCUCCAGCCAUUGAUACAAAUAGUUUGGGUUUUCAGUGCCUGAUAUACAACGUGGUUGCAACUAUUCAGGGUCCAGAUAUAUGAAAUAAGAUUUACUUAAUUUUUAGUCAUGGAAAACCUGUCAGACUGUGUGGUGUCAGCCAGUAGCUACACAUUCUGCAUGAUCCAUCCCAGGUAUUGUGAAAACAAGGUCUUAAUAUUUUGAAUACCACUGGAAAACAAUAUUAUUUUGUUUCAAUUAUAAUUGUUUAUAUGGCUAAAUUAAUCCUACUUUUAUCAAGUGGUUCAUCUCUUCUAGAUGCCUGUCAUAAAAAACUAUGCUUUGAGCCAGUGUUAAUGAAAACAAGCCUAUUUUUGUUUCUCAAAUCUUCAGUUUCUGUUGCCACUUAUUUAGUUACCCAGCCAGACAUCUUCUCUGCAGUUACCUUGUAUACAGAAUUGUAUUAUUUUAAAAACUUAAGCAUUAAUGAUCAAGAGCAAUUGUUGUGAAGAGCUGCUUUUAUGUGAAUGCCUUUAGCUGAGGAUUAUGUUGCAUAAAACGAGUAUGCUGCGAUGAGACAAGGGUCUAGUCAGUUAUUAUGAAGUGAAGGCUGCUAGUCUACAGCACUCCACUUUUAACACCUCUUUUACUAGAUAUGUCAUUUUGUUAUAUAUAGAAUACUCUGUAUAAAAAAAAAUCUCAUAUGUUGGGCACUAAUGUGGGAAAACAUGAAUAUUUUUAGCAUUAAGUGAACCCGAAAUUUGAAAUCCUCCACAAUAAGUUAUAUUUUGAUGACACACCAUAUUUUAGUUUGAAGAUAUUGCUCAUUUUUAAGCAAUUUGUGUUAUUAAUAUGGGUUAUGUUUAUAUUUGAUCCAUUUAUGAUUUCUUUGUAAUGCCAGACAAUGAAACACUGCAAUAUUUAACUUUGUGAAAGAACUUGCAAACAAGUAUACCUCUAUGAAAACCCUACUGUGGUGAGAAGGAAAGUUCCUGAAGGAGCUGCUAAGAUAUAUUAUGGAGUUUAAACUGGAUCUUAGUUGUUUCUGUUUUGUGUGAAAUGCCAAGUUCAAACAUCCCUAGAACUGUGAAAUACUGUUACGUAAAGCGCAGUCAAGUUAUUAUGUUUAUAGGGAUAAAAUAUUAAACAUGUGAGACUGUCAGUGCAGCUGUUUGAAUAAGGUACUAAUCACAUCUUAUACUAAUAACUUCAAUAAACAUUUUCCAACAAAUAAAUCCGUAUCAGUUACAAACAGUGUAAAGACUUUACAAAAACAAUGUUUAGAUGGCAGAUUGUUUUGAUAAACUUUUGACUUGUUACUGCAACUUUCUGUUGAGUUAUAAACCGUUCAUCUGCACGUUUCAUUAUCCUUUUCUUUUGUGAAAUAAAAUGCACCUGAAUUGGAAAGAUGCUGUUUGUUGAGAAGCUUAUUUGCUGCCAUGUAUUAAACGGAUUUGCAGCACUGGUACAUAAUGUUUAGUAUAGGAUCUAGCUUACUCUUAAAAUUACAUGGGCUGCACUUCCCAAAAGCAUCGCUAGCUAAAGUUGAUCAUAGAGACCAUGAUUUCUACGUCUGUGAAACUCAUCAAAAAAUCCUCCAUGUCCUCAAUGACAGCUUUGCAGAUCCUUGACAUUCUUGCUGUCAGUUUGUCCAGAUACUCAAGUGACAUUUCACCCCACACUUAGAUGUGUCUGUCUUGUCGGGCACUUCUCACGCACCUUACAGUCUAGCUGAUCCCACAAAAGCUCAAUGGGGUAAAGUUCUGUUCUGUGCCCAGCAGCCGCCCACUUCCAUUAUUACCCCUGUCCAGUGGUUGCCGCCCAGUCUGCUGCAGUCAUCCACAGUCUGAAGGGGUGGGGUGGGGGAGGGGUACUGUCUUGAUCCUGCCUCUUUUGGUCUUGUGCUAUAGGCCUGCUUGUUUUGACAGGAUUGUGACAGUUUCCUCUGCCCAACUUUCAGCGUAUGGGGUAGAAAGUUGGGCAGAGGAAACUGUCACAAUCCUGUUGUGUUUCUCACAGGUGCUGCUCAGCGUUGCCAUGGCAGCACUGAUUUGAGCUGCUCGUGACUAUUGGCAGCACCUGCACCCUAUCUCUCUAGUCGCUCUUUAUAUUCUCUCCUUUGUCUCAUCUUCAUUGCCAGAGCGUUGCUGUGUCUGCUCUCCAGUUUUGUCAGUCGGUCCAUGAGAGUUCCUGUUUGUUCCCGUUCUUAGUUUGUUAAUUAUUCUUCUUGCCUUGUCUAGUUUUUCUUCCCCGUGAGUUUCUGUUUGCAUUUUUAGUUUUGUUCGUUUUCUAUUAUUUUUCAUGUGUUUCUUGUCUUGAUUUUGUUUCCCUCCAAGGUGAGAGGUUUUGUUUGUAUUCUGUUUUUAUGUAGAAUAAA